AUAACACACACGCAAGGAUCGACCCUUAAAGAAGGCCUCUGAUAGGCUGAAAAAAGCAUGGCAGUUGACAUUCGAGUAAACAAAUUUAUUAGAGGAAACGAAAAAUCUAUUUAAAUUUGAUAACACUAGAUAAGUCAUGCCGAAAUAUUGGUGAUGAUCCGCUUAUCAGAGAUUACCAGAUAUUUUGCUGUCGUCAUCGACAUACGCUUGGAAACAAUUUAUAUUCAAACUGGAAGCCAUGGAUUGCCAAAAAAUUAUUGUUGACUGUGAUGCUGGUGCUGAUGAUGCUUUAGCUUUGAUAAUAUUGAUUGAAGCUCAUAAACUAAAAAAAGUAAAAUUACUUGCCAUCACUUGUGUGGCUGGAAACACUAAAGUGGAAAAUGUAGUAAAUAAUGUAUUCAGAAUAUUACACUUGUGUAAUAGCACAAACAUUCCAGUUUAUAAAGGAGCAUAUUCUCCAUUACUACAUGAUGUAGAUGCUGCCAAAAGAAUAUCAGAAAAUUUAUUUCAUGGUUCAGAUGGUUUUGGUGAUGCUUUCAAAGACAAACCUGAUAUAAGCAAACUCAAAGAGGAACAUGCUACACAGGCAUUGCAUCGUAUAGUUACUGAAAAUUAUGAAGAAGUUUCCAUUCUUUGUAUGGCACCGCUAACAAAUAUAGCACUUACAAUAAAAAUGUAUCCAGAUUUUGCACAUUCUGUUAGAAGAUUUUUUAUUAUGGGCGGUAAUUUUUCAGCUGUUGGUAACAUUACAUCCCAAGCAGAAUUUAAUUUUUAUUUUGAUCCAGAAAGUGUUCAUAUCGUAUUUUUUAAUGCUGCACAAAAAUUGUGGUUACUGCCAUGGGAAACCACUCUUAAAUCAUCAAUUUCUUUUGAAUGGAGAGAUAAUGUUUUUGGAAAAAUAGAUACACCAGCAGUUGAAUUGAUGAAUGCAAUAGAAGAAAACAUUUACAAAACAGAACAUAGAUUUAAAGAAAGUUACAACCCAUGUGAUUUUUUUAUUGCUGCAAUACUGUUAAGACCAGAUGUUGCUAAAGAUAUUGGAUUCUAUUAUAUUGAUAUUGAACUUGGUGGUACGAAAACAAGAGGUCAGGUUGUUGUGGAUCAUUUAAUGUCCCAUGAACCUAAUGCUUACAUCAUUCAAAACAUAGAUACUGAAAUUUGUAAGGAUCUAUUAAUGUUUGUGGCUAAUCCAAAUGCAGAAAGCAGUCAAGUUCUAUGGGAAUAAUUUAUUUUACACUCAU